AAUGAGGUGUAUAUUUUGCGAUAAGGCGUCUGCCGGGGCAGCUAAAAGGAGGCCCUUCAGAACAGCUCAUGUGUUGAUUCAUUCCAGUUGGUGCCACAGCACAGGAAGGGCUGCCCUGCCUGUGCAUGAAAACAGUCUGCAAACAUGGCUGCUAAACUCCAGAGGCUGACAGAGGAGGAGCGAGCUCAUCUUCUCCCGCUGCUGCAGAACGCCCAGUGGGUGACAGUGGCUGGACGGGACGCCAUCUACAAAGAGUUUGUUUUUAAAGAUUUUAACCAGGCCUUUGGCUUCAUGUCCAGGGUGGCACUACAAGCGGAGAAGAUGGACCAUCAUCCCGAGUGGUUUAAUGUUUACAAUAAGGUCCAGAUCACCCUGAGCACACAUGACUGUGGGGGGUUGUCCCAGCGGGACAUCACUUUGGCCACUUUCAUUGACCAAGCCUCCCUGAUGUGACCAGCGCCUGGAGAAGCUCCACAUUCCACUGAUGUCCCAACGUGUGCCUGUAACACCCACAGAACACGGAUCAUUGAUUUCAGUGCUGUGGAACAUUGUGUCUACAUUGUGUCUACAUUGUGUCUACAUUGUGUCUACAUUGUGUCUAUGUGUAUGUUAGAAUUGUUGGCGGUGCCUUUACACACGGUGACGUACAGUAAGGGUAAUCCUGGUAGAUUUAUCUUUCAACUUUCAGGCUUUAUUUAGUUUCAUUUUUCAAUGAUAAGCAAAAUGGCUGACCUCACUUGACCUGAAUAUUUGUCUGUGGACACAUCUUGGGACCCGUAUCUGCCUUUCAUGUCACUGUGAAUGGUUCAAUUCCCAUUUGACCUGGUCCAACGUGUUUUGCCGUGCAAGAGCUUGGGAAAGGGGCGAAGGUUCUGUUGCUGAAGCAGCUCAGGGCGAUGGCUCCCGCUCCCACAUCCACACGGCUCAGUUUCCCCUCAAAGCACCACGGCCAGAAUUCCCUCUUCUUAUUCUUCUCUGUGAAAUUUGGUUGAGAAAAUAUUGACUCCGGUUGCUCAAAAUCAUCACAAAUUGUGGAUGAAUUACAGUCUCAUGCGUGUCUCAGGCAACACCGUAUUAAAAUGUAAUAUUACAAGAAUAAAGUUGCAAAUGUA